AUGCCCGCCCCUCAUGCUCUUACCAGCCUCCUGCCCACCCAGGCCCUGCCCUCACCUCUCCCUCCAGACCUUCUGUUGAUCAUUGCUGAACAGGGGGAGGGGAUGAUGUCAGGGCCUCUUUGUGAGCAUCUCAGUCUGGGGGUGCCUACCUCAGGGUCUCAGUCCCUAGAGCCAGCAGACGCUGGGCAUCCAGGCCCUCAGUGCUGUUUGGGUAACCCAAGUGUUUCCUCAGUCCACCUACCCUGCCAACAUCUGAUGUUCCUGCCUAAUUCUGAGUCUCUCGUGACCCCUGGAGGUCAGCUCGCUGCUCCAGGUCUUCCUGCUCCUGGCAUAAGUACCAGAGACAUCUCCCCUUCCCCUCAGUCCCUCAGCUGGGAAAGGACUUUCAGGUACUGCCCUCCAGUUAGCUGCCUCUGGGUCUGGGAAGAGAUAAGCAGGGUGGAGCCUUCUCCCUCCUCCUCAGCCCCUGAAGCAUGGCAAUAA